AUCCAGGCAGCCUCCGCCCCUGACGUGCCUCGGUCAUUUCCUUUCAUUACUGUUAGUAGAGUUAUCGGUUUUUCCUUUAUCGCGUCGUUUCAAUCACAUUAUACGUAGACGCGUUAGUUUCCUCAGACCCGGCGUUUUGUAGAUCAAAUUAUAUUCGAAUACGUCAUAUUGACGUGAUAGAAAACAACGUACAAUAAUAUAAGUAAAUAAAUAAACGUAAUAUUUAUAAGCAAUCCGUUAAACCACAUGAGAUGAUGAUUAACGUGAUUGAUAAUAAUAUUGAUAACUACGAUACCAACGAUCAAAUAAAAUUGUAAAAUAACAAGACAACGUUGGCAAUUGGAUUAUUGUUUUUCAACAAUCGGUGAAAACUAAGUACACCCAUAGUUUCAAACUUGAAUAAUAUCAAGUAAAUGAUCCGGAAAUAAUUAACGAUAACAGUAAUAUAUGGUAAUAAAAAUAAUCGACGACUUCUUUUGUUCUUCAUACUUUUGUUCUUCGCAUUCUUUCUUCUUCCUGUACAAUUAAAAUUACAACAAAUAAACGAAACAACGAUUAAUAAUUGAUCUCGUUUUAGUUUCGUUUGUUCAAUUGAAUUUGUUGCGAGUCAUAAUUUGAUUUGAAUCGACUGAUUAUAAUUAAUUCAAUAAAAAAAUUGAUCGAUGACUUCGAUGAUUGAAUUGUGUAAAUAUUGAAAAAAAAUUAAAAAAAAUUUGGUCAUUCGAGUAAUAUGAUCUGCACCAAUAAUCACAGAUUAAAUAACAAGUGAUUCAUACGUAACAUCGAAUUCGUUACGCUUUGCAAUUAUUAAUAUGAAACAGAAAAUAAAUAAGUAAAUUAAUUAAAUCGAAAUGAAAAAUGAACAAACAAACAAACAAUAAAUGCUGAUCUCCCGUGAUUAUCGCUUCAAUUAUUGUUAUUAUUGUCAUUAUUUUCAAUUAUCGAUAUUGAAUUUUAUUUCGGGCGGUGGUGCAAGGACGACGACGUAGUAUAAUUAUAAUAUAUUAAAAUUAAAAUAUAAAAUAACUACGAUAUCUUCGAUACACACCCGACGUAUAAAGACUAAAAUAUUUUUACUAUAAAAAUUAGUAAUCGGAGACGAACAUAUAGAUUUGUGACAGACUUAGAUAGUAAGCAGCAGUAGCAGCUCAAUAAAAAAAUAAAAGUAACCAGGAACAUAAAGUAGCGAAGAAAAGGGGAUAUAAUAGCAAUGAUGGCGAACGGAAUGGACACAGUCGUUCAACAAAAUGGGAAUUCGGCCCUCGGUCAAACGUCGCAGGAGGAAUCAAAGACGAAUUUAAUCGUCAAUUACCUGCCUCAGACUAUGACCCAGGAGGAGAUUCGAUCCUUAUUUUCAAGCAUCGGAGACGUUGAGAGCUGUAAGCUUAUCAGAGAUAAACUUACCGAUGUUUGUAUGGUUGCAGGCCAGAGUUUGGGCUAUGGCUUUGUCAACUAUCACCGGCCAGAAGAUGCGGAAAAAGCUAUCAAUACGCUCAAUGGUCUGCGUUUACAAAACAAAACCAUCAAGGUAUCGUAUGCGCGACCCAGCAGCGAGGCGAUCAAAGGUGCAAAUCUUUACGUAUCUGGACUUCCAAAAAAUAUGGCACAGCAGGAUCUUGAAAAUCUUUUCAGUCCUUACGGUCGGAUUAUUACAUCACGUAUACUCUGCGACAACAUGACUGUACGACAGUUUGUGACUGGCGGCGGAGACAAUUUGCCCGGCCUGUCAAAAGGUGUCGGGUUCAUCCGUUUCGAUCAACGCGUUGAGGCUGAACGAGCGAUCCAAGAAUUAAAUGGAACUAUUCCGAAAGGCUCGACCGAACCCAUCACUGUCAAGUUUGCGAACAACCCGAGCAACAACAACAAGGCGAUACCGCCCCUUGCUGCCUAUCUAACACCACAGGCAACACGUCGUUUUGGUGGCCCGAUUCACCAUCCAACCGGCCGCUUCAGGUACAUUCCACUGUCGCCACUAUCCAGCACUGGCAAGACCAUGCUUGCCAUUAACAAAGGCUUACAGAGUAGGUACAGCCCGCUGGCGGGUGACCUUUUGGCGAACUCGAUGCUGCCGGGAAAUGCGAUGAACGGUUCAGGGUGGUGCAUUUUCGUCUACAACCUUGCUCCAGAGACGGAAGAGAAUGUAUUAUGGCAGUUAUUUGGUCCAUUUGGCGCCGUCCAAUCCGUUAAAGUAAUACGAGAUCUACAAACAAACAAAUGCAAGGGUUUUGGUUUCGUAACAAUGACAAAUUACGAGGAGGCCGUCGUUGCUAUUCAAAGUCUUAACGGAUAUACGCUUGGCAAUCGUGUUCUUCAAGUCAGUUUUAAGACGAACAAAAGCAAAGCUGCGUAGGAUGAAGGAAUCAAGGCCUAUCAUCAUAUCGACGUACUAAUACCGCUAAAAAAGCGACAACAAAUUUCCCACCACUACCACCACCACCAUAAUCUCUACAAUCACCAACUAAAACAAAAACAACUACAAUUCCGUCAUUAUAAUGAAUUUUUAUUCAAAUGUUUAACGAUUUCUGAUACAACUACGGUAGUAUCGCCACCACUAACAACAAUAAAAACCACAGAAAUGAAUCGACGGACAAGUAAUAUUUAUCAAUAUCCUCAAUGUUACAAUAAUAUUACUACUAAACCUUAUACCGUACUAACAUUAUCAUCACUUUGCCCAACCGCGAUAAGGAUCAGCAACAGAAGAAAAAUCAACAACAAUAAUAACAAUUUUAAUAUUAACAAUAAUUACACUAAUAUUAAUACUAAUACUAAUGAUAAUGAUAAUGAUAAUGAUAAUAACAAUAACAUUAAUAAUAAUAAUAAUAAUAAUAAUAAUAAUAAUUGCAGGGCAAAUAUUAAUACCGGGGUUAAUAUUUAUACGUUAAUUGAAUUAUUACGUAAUAAUAAUAAUAUGAAUGAUUACAAUAAAGUCAAAAAUAAAGAUAAUGAUAAUGAUAUUGAUAACA